AUGUCUAAGAGGGGCCUAAACGGAUGCAUCGGAACCGGUGGCGAGCUUGCAUCGGAACCGGUGGCCUUCGGAACCGCUGGGAGGCUCGGCUUGCGGGAAGAGGGGCAAAGUCCGGACGGCGAGUGGGACGUCAGUUUCAGGACAAACGUUCCCGUGCAGGAUAUGCACACCCUGUUGUCACAAGCCGACGUCGGUCUCCACACCAUGCGGGACGAACACUUUGGAAUCUCUGUGGUGGAGUUCAUGGCGGCUGGCGCGCUGGUCAUUGCUCACAAGUCUGCUGGGCCCGCCAUGGACAUCGUGACUCCUUUGCCCGAUGGCCGACGGACAGGUCUGCUCGCCAAAGAUGACGAAGACUACGCCCUCAAGCUUCAUCUAGCGCUGGAUGAAAUGAGUACGGGCGAUCGGCUGGCCAUCGCCACAGCUGCACGAGAGGCUGUGCGGCAUCGCUUCUCCCAAGAAGCCUUUGAGGAGAACGUGGCCCAACGCCUGAUUGCGCCACUGAGGAGGGCCAGGCUCAAAGACGCGUGA